UUUGAAUUUACCGCCCAACAGACAGUAAAGGCUGAGUCUCGCUGACACUCACAACAGUGUUCUGUGUUCGUCUGUAAUCUGUAUUUUCCAAGUUCGUUUCCGGCUACUUAUGAAUUCUCCAUAGUUUAUUUUGCCCUGGCAAUUUUCAAUUGAACAUUAAUUUGGUUCGAUAAGACGACUCGCCGAAGCAUUUCCCCGGAAUAAACAAAAGAUGUCAUUCAGAUUCGGAGAUCUCCCAACUGAACUAAUCUACAAAAUUUUUUCAUAUUUAAAUUCUACUGACUUGGCGAGGUCUUGUAUGGUCUCGAAAAGAUGGAGGAGUAUUGGAAAUUCUGAUACUUUGUGGAAACAUUUGUGUGAACUGGACGACAUACACGAAGAGUACAUUGACAGCAAGAACAUACCCAGUGAAGGAGUCGGAUGUUUGGAUCCUCUUUGUAAAUGGGCUUUUGUCUACAGUGACUUCUUGCUAACACUGACAAGGAACUGGAUGAACCAGACAUGUUCAGAAAUUAUUAUAUCAAAUUCUGUUUUACAAGUUAUGUUCAAUAAGAUAUGGAUGUUUCAAGCACUGCGCAGUCACACGAUGUCUGUAGAUAUAUUCCAAUUGAAAGAUAAGGUUUUUCAAAAACUCCAAUCGAUAAAAAUUAGCGACAAAAACUACGGUAUAAACUGUUUGUAUGCGGUUCAAGAUUCCCUUUUCAUCUCUUUCAACAACAUUAUAGUAAUUUAUGAGUAUAUCAAUGGAAGAUUUCAAUACGAAAAGGCAAUAGCGGUUACAGAAACUACAAUCAACCAGGAUGUGAAUUCAUUGGAUACUUUUAUAAAACAAUUUCAUUCCUAUACGUGUUAUAUCGUCAAGAUAACUCUUGUAAAAAAAUAUGUAUGGAUAUCUUCUGACAUUUGUGUUUUAGUUAUUGAUCGCGAUACUUCCGUUCUUCAACGAAAAAUCAUGAUUAAUGGUAGUUCAGUUUUGUUUUUUAGCACAGAAAAACAAUUUAACCUGGUUUCUUUAGACACGGUCACUUCCUAUUCUGCCAAUGCUACCAUUCUUCAAUCCACAUACAUUUCACAAAGGGGCAAAGGAAGUAUUUCUUUUACUUCUAAAUAUUUCGGUUUCAUUGAUGAAGACCAUUUUACCCCUGUUGUUGUAAACCUUUUAACUGGUUGUGUUAACGUACUUAAAAUUCCUAAUUCAUAUUCCUUAACUCUGAAUAAAAAACUUCCUUAUGUUUACAUACUCAAUUUGGUCGACAAUACGUUUUCAUUGAAUGCAAUGGCCAUUCCAAGUGGUGAUUAUUUAUGGUCUAAAACUGUUGAUAUACCUGUACAGAAGAAAACUUCUUUUAUGUUGUAUACAAUCCUAAAUAAAUAUCUUCUUUUAUUCUAUUUAUCGAACAAAAAUCACAAUUUUGCCAUAUACAGUUUGGCCAGUGGUAAACAUUUGUGUACAUGGGAAAAUGAACAACCAUUUUAUCCAGUAAACAAUAUCAUGUUGAAAUACCCUAAUAUGUCAACUUUUGGGACCAUGCUUGGAAUCGAUAAGAAAAUAAAAUGCCUUCUUUAAACAGUAGUCUAUUCAAAUACAAAAAUAAAUACGAGUAUUUGAUUUAAAAAUUGAGAGAUUUCCGUGUGGUUUGCGAGGCGGUGGAGUUAUAUUUUUGGUUCUUUACCGAUCAUUUUGGUCUACCUAUUCUCAAUUCCAUACCUCAAAUCACCCAGACUCGACACUAAUUAUGAUGAAAUGCUGAAACGUGUCUGACAGCCCAAUGAGGAUAGUCAACCCAAAACGAUCGGAAUUGACCAAAUUACUCAAAAAAUUUUAGCAUAUUAUUUAUGUAAAUUUAUGUAAUGCAUAUACACCAAAGAUUAA